CGGUAACCACGUCCAGCAUUUAUCGUUACAGCUUCAUCAAACGGAAGUUACACACCACGAUUCGAGAGGCCAUUUCGUCUCGGCCUCGUCUCGGUCAAUCCCGUGAGACAUCGAUGUAGAUAAAGAGAGCCUAGCAGAGAGAGCAAAAGUAGCCGCCUGAUGCAACAAGACACCGACUAGCUACCCUAUCGCGGUGGAAAACGUAUUUGUGUACUUCUGAAAAGACUCGAUUUUUCCCACUAAGAAUCAUCUAAUCUUCAUCUUAACAAAAAGGGAAUGUCGUAGAUUCGAAAUUCAUACGCACGAGUAAAACAUAUUAGAAGGUUUAAUAGCAACAUAGGACAGUGAGAAAGAUAAGUCAAUUUUUGGACAGAAAUCGUGGUUAACUUUUAGGAAGACAUGGUAAUGGUAUGUGGGAUCCCGAUUUGGAUGAGGCUUUAUUGGCUGCGGCGGCCGAGCACGGGCCUCUCUGCGUUCUAACCUCUACGCCCGAUGACAAGGAGAGAACGUUUGCGAAGGUACACGAGGACUUCAUGGACAUCUAUUUGACCGCAGAGGGUGACUCGACGCAAUUAGAACGGGUUCGUGAACUGUAUUCGGCAAGAGCCUUGCAACGUAGGUGGGAAGAAUUGCAAGUAGCGCAGUUGACGGCACCGGAUAAGUUUGUUUUUGUUCAAACUGAUGCAGCAGGAUCGCCCGGUGAACGAGCAGGUCUGCUAGACUUGAUCGAACGGGGACUACUUCCGCCAUUACCGGGUGUAGCGAGCACGCCUACAACGUCUUGUUCAACUACGGGAGGUGUCGGAGGAACUGCUGAAGAAGGAGGUUUCCUUGCAGAUACUGGGAGGCGCUCUAGGGGAGCAGCUUCUUCUCUUUGUGCAGGCUCUGGUCUUGAUGUUGACGUUGGGGAUCUUCUGGUAACUACGGACAAGAAUAGAAGUGAACUUGAAGAUCAACAACAACAAGUAGAGAGAAAAAUCCCAUCUACGAAGCCGAAGCGCAACGGUCGCACAAGGACUCGUAGGCUUAAAGCAGCUACUAGAGCAGCAGCAACGUCAGGACGUGAAGACUCCUCUCCUUCACCCUAUACUUCAAGACGAGAGAAGCUGCAGCAGGUGGUAGGCACAUCAUUAAAGUCCUCGUCCAAAAUGCCUUCGUAUAGUGAACACUCUGUUCAAACAAGACCCUCUAGUUCAUCUGCGACCUCGUCAACAUCUGCUUCUGCGUCCACUGCUGCUUCAGCUAGCAGUAGUUCAACUAGCAUGUCUCAGCAACAGGCUGCCGUUGAGCUACAAAGUAGGGGUUCAUCGACGGGGGAUGUUGCGGCAGUGUCAAUAAGUGCUGGCGGAGGUACAGGCACAGCUGCACCACCGGCAUGUGUGAAAUCAGCAGCGUCGCGCAAAAAGAGGAAGAAAAAAAAGCUGACUGCCAAUAGCAAUAGCACAGCUUCCCCUGCAGAUCUACAGGAUAACGGUGGGGCUCCAUCGUCGAGUAGCGCAACAACUACCGGCGCAGAACAAGCUGCUGGACAGCAACAUCAAAACCCAAGCGGAGCAGGCAACAAAAGCGGCCAUGCGACCCCUGCUAGCGUGUCUUCAUCAGGACACCAUAGUACAACGAAUAAACCGUGCUUCCCACCUCCACGAACAAGGAAUAACAUCAUCAUUCCUGCGGCUGCACCAGACUCACCGGAGGAUCCGUCUGACUCUGACGGAGACCCAAGCGUCGACAUGACAGUGGUGAGAGACGCAAUAGAGAAGCAAUUACCAGGAGAACGUAGGGCUCCGGUAGUGAUAGGAGCGAAAGGCGGAAAGGAUGUUGGGGCCGUACUAAUUAUAUCUGCUAUUUGUAUUUUUUUUUUGGCCCACUUCUUUCUAAGAAAUGUUGAAUGAAAUCUAUACCCCACGGAUUAUGUGGUGGAAAAUUUUCUGUUUCAACUCCGAUAACAACAUGAUGAGGAACACAAUUUUCAGGUGGUAAGAACCGACCCAAAAUCCUUGCCGUCGCGCCCAUCGAAUGUUAGUGGAAGUGACACGACAGGAAAUAGACGGAGCAACUUUUUGAGCGGUGAAGGCGAGUCAGACUAUUUUCGGGACUCUACGACACCUCGUGGCUGCUCAAGCGCGUCCGGUUCCGAGGGUCAUAUCUUGCUUCCUCAACGUCCUAGUUACGGAGUUGUAGGGCGCGACGUUGCGAAACUUUCAAGUCGGGGUGGAGGCACGGGGAGACGAAGCAAGGAAGCAUCUUCAAAUGUACUUACUACUUUUUAAUCUACUUGCUUUUGUUCAUCGAGUAAGUUCUUGCCGUGCUGGACUUUCAUAUUAUUGUUCGGGUGCUGUCACUUCCUAAUCUACACUUAUCCUCUCCUCAAACUUUUCUCCACCAGGCUCGGGCUCUGAGUAUUGAAGAUAUUGUCAAGGACGAACAUCCACCUGAUAGCGACCCUUAUAUGGCGACGCCAAAAGCACCGGAUUUAACGAGGAAGUUCAUCAAGACCAGAAGUGCAUCCUCGAAAAAGAAAAAGGGGGAUAAUCUUAAUCACACUAGCGGGACAUCAACAAGUAGAAGUACACCUACUACUACAGGUGUUACUGGUCCUGCGAUUAGUAGAAGUACUACAGGUGCUGUUGCUGUUCCAGCUCCAGCCUCGUCUUUUAUGGGUGGCCUGCGUGUUGUCAGUGUCACAGUCGAGAAGCCUGACCGAGAAAAACGACGUGCAAGUGCGAAAGCCAACGCGGCUCAGUCCUGUUCUUCUGAGGUGGAUGUUGAGGGUAGAUCAUGUUCAUGCGAAGCCUCAUCAGCUGGCGGAGGUCAUCAAAGUGGUAUGGGUCGACUGCAUGGUCCUCUUCAUGGUGGUGCGUCUCAUCUUGGUACCACGUCAAGUAGUAGAAGAACUGGUCGAGGAGAGAUGACCUCUGCGAGUGGCGGCGGAGGUAACCAGACGAGUGAUGGCAGUGAAACAAGUGCUGGUCGUUGUCCUCGCAAGAGUGCUUGUGAUGGUUUCGAACAAAAUGCUGGUACAACAACAUCUAGUACUAGAGCCCGGGCGGGAUCAAAUGGAGGAAGAGGUGGAGCGCUAGUUUCUUUUCACCUUUCCUCGUCUGGAGGUGGAGGAAAUACAGCAGGAGUACUAACUCAAGAAAGUUCAUUUCGGCCAACAGCGAGGACAGCGAGCCAUAUGACUGUCACAACAAACUGCUCUUCCUCAGCAGCAGAGGAAGAGGGAUUCCUAACAGCAAAUGCGAGUAACAGUCCUGGGGAUCAUACACAUCAUGAGGUUCUUGAAGCGGAAGAUGGUCCUAGAAGUCCUCUAAAUCAUAAUAUCCCUUCAAAGAAAGAUGUUAUAAAAACAUCAACGGAUCAACAACAGCGACCCCGAUGUCCAACCCGCCGGGCGGCAUCUCUUUCUAGGCAUAACAGCAUUAUGCUCGACUGUCUUUCUGAAUCGUCUGACGAGGAAGACGGGUUUGGAGGUGGAGGGUCCAACAACCCCAGUAGUCGUGGUAAUCAUUCAAAUACAACGCCAAAUCAUGAUGUUGACAACAAGAAGAGCGGGAGGAGCACUCCUUCUAGCUCAAGUAGUUCAACAUCCUUCACUACAGGAGGUGUACUAGGUAACAUGAUUGGCGGAUUAGCUGCAACUGGAAACUACAUAAACAAUAGCAAUACUGCUCCUGGCGCACGACCAGACCCCCCAUCAUAUCAGCUCGGAGCUUCUGCCUGCACUGCUGCACAGAGAGGUGGCGGUAAGUGGAACAACUUGUACCGGGAACAUCAGCGGCAGGUGUCUGCGAGAAAAAGAGAGCGGACCUGGGAGGAAAUGUUCUCAGUGUUAAAACGCGACGUCGACAAAGUAUCUUCGGAAGAGGCGUGGCAUGACUUGCUCGAAACCGAAAAAGAAUUUCAUGCGAAGUACUUACUUACAAUUAGUACUAUCUGAGGGAUUUUUGAGGGAAUUUUGAGUGUCAGUGAUCAUCGUGAUAUAGGAAUCCUAUCAGAACAAAGUCUAUCACUAUAAUAGAUAUAGGAAUUUAUCACUUUAAUAGGAUCAGAACAAAGUCUCACGCUCAUCUAUUCUUCAUUUUGCAUGAAGAAGAAAUAGCUUUUGUCAAAAAAUGAAUCAUUUAUAAAAAAUGAAUCAUUCAAAGUCUUCUAACUCUUUGACUGUGCCAGGUUAGUAGCUUCUUUCGGUCGGACAACAACUUGGGCAGCGAUAUUUCACUGUUUGGGGAAUCAAGUUGCGCAAGCGGACAUGUAUAGUCGCCAUUUCGACAAUCAAAGUUGGGAAACGUACCGCUUCAACAUUCAUCGGGAAGCCAUGCGCAGUCGAUUUUCGUACUACGACGAUUUAAUCGGGAUACUACAAGCAGCUUCUCUAGAGGAUAAGAAACAGCAGGUGCAGGCGGCGACUUGAUGAAAUUGGGGAUAUUGAGGUUCGCGUGAAGCAAGUGGAUUCGUGAAGGGACUCGAAUAUUAUUUUCGUUACGAUGAAAGCGCCACGACCCUCAGCACUGAAAAAUAGUACAACUCGGCCAUGUCAUUCGUUGUCGCUAUGUAGUUACAUUAGAAUCUGCGAUUGUGUUACCGUCCUUGAAAAUGAUUGGAACCGUCCUGAUUCGUUUUUAUUGCACAGUUGGUUUGUACUUGUAGUUGUCUGUGUUCCGGGAACAGGAAAUAUCCUGUAGUUUGACAGUUGUCAAAUAGAAUGAUUUCUUUCCUAACUUCUUAGAUUUGCCGAUUGAAUACUUAUAUAUAAUAAACCUAUUACUUGAUGUUAAUCGUGGUAGAUACCAGGUAGAUGAGCUCAACCUUAACUAGCAAUACGACCUUGAACGUGAACUAUCUUUGUUUUUUUGAGAAGCAGAAAACCCCACUUAGAAGGCAUCACCACUUGGGAGCAAUUACAAAGACACCGAACGCGCAUGGGGAUGAAAAGCCGCAGGCAAUGAAUGAUCAAGGGAAAAUCA